AUGACGUUGUUUGUCGCUACAACUAUAGUUGAAUGUGUUCAAAGCCAAUCGAUAACGGAAACACCUUAUAAUGCGGUUGUAUCUAAAGAUGGUACCGGAAAUUUCAACACAAUUGCUGGAGCAAUAUUGGCGGCCCCUGAUCACAGUGUCAAGCCAUUCUUCAUAAAAAUUAAGAAAGGCACGUAUGAGGAAUAUAUUAGAGUUGAUAAAAAGAAGACUAAUAUAUUCCUGAUUGGAGAAGGGAUGGAUACUACGAUUAUAACGGGUAAUAGAAGUUUUGUCGACGGCAACAAAACCUAUGACACCGCAACCGUUGGGGUUCUUGGCAAUGGCUUCGCAGCCCAAGAUUUAACUUUUAGGAAUAAUGCUGGAGCCGUAAAGCAUCAGGCAGUGGCUUUAAGAGUUGAAGCUGAUUUAAUGUCUUUUUACAGAUGUCGCUUCGACGGGUAUCAAGACACUCUAUAUGUGAAAGAGCAACGUCAAUUCUUUCGAGAAUGUGAAAUCUAUGGAACGAUAGAUUUUAUAUGUGGUGGCGCAAUGGCCCUGUUUCAAAACUGCGUGAUUGAAGCACGUACUCCAAUGGCGAGGCAAUAUAACACAAUCACGGCCCAGAAGAGAGAGUUUGAGCACGCUGGAAGUGGAAUAGUGCUUCAAAAUUGCACUAUUAGGGCUACCGACGAUUUGGAGAAAUUGGACAACGUCACGACAUAUUUUGGUCGGCCAUGGGGUAUAUUUUCUAGAACUGUGAUAAUGGAAAGUUACAUCGGUAACUUGAUAGAUCCUAAAGGAUGGGUUGAAUGGAUUGAAUCGGCAAAUAAAUCCGUUGUCCGCCAGCCAUAUUAUUUGGAGUACAAGAACAGAGGACCGGGUGCUGUCACGAAGGGACGUGUGACAUGGGCAUCCGUCACUACAAAUCCAGCUAUUGCAUCAAACUUUACGGUUAGGCAGUUUAUAAAGGGUGACCAGUGGAUUCCCGCAAACAUUCCACGUUACUUAGAUUUAUCUUAA